CGGGCGGCAGAGCAGCGAUUGUACCCCCCAGCCCUCCAAAUCGCGUCUCUAAGCGAGAAAAGUCCGCUGUAGGGGCAGUGCAGGGGGGGUGAAGUGCCCCCCUGUGCUGGAAGAGCUGCUGAGGACGCUCCUGGGCUGGGAUUUUUGUACAGAAAUCCGCGCGAACCUCGGGGAAAGUUCUUCGGGAGUUUUCCGAGCCGCCUGGCUGCGCUUCUGAAAGCCACCAGCUUUCUCGGGUUACACCAGCGAGCCUGGCUCCGUCCUGUCCCAAAAAAGCGCUUUAGCAGAGUGGGAAGGAUCUCUGGAGGGGUGCAGGAGAGCCAGGCUGCGGGGUUCGGGCUCACAACACCCGGGCAGGGCUCUGCUGAGCCCAGGGGGUGUUUGGGCCAGCGGCCUCACCUUCGGCACCACUGCCUCCUGAUCCAACGUGCUGGAGGCAGGAAGGUUUAUGGGCGUUUAGUUGGAAUUCCCGAGACCGGGACGGGAUGGUGUCUGUGAGGGGGGCAGGACUUGGUCAGCCACUCGAACAGCGGGGAGAAACAGCUCCGUGUGACCGGAGGAGAAAGUGAAACGAAACGGUGCAGAAGCCAGAGCUCCGGGGGAAAAAGAAAAUGGAAGAGAAUCCAAGGGAGGAUCUGUCUGUAGCUGGGCCAGCCCAAGGUGAGGUGGGAAGCACAGCAGAGCAUCCUGUGCUCCAAGAGCCCACCCAGGAAACACUGGAGCAGCAAGUGACAGGGACGUCUCAGACUUCCUGCAAACCAGAGGAGGACUCUUCAGUGCGUGAACCAACUGCUGGUGGAGAAGAGAAGACACUGCUGGGUUUAGCUGGCCCCACACUGGAGGAGGAGGCUCCCCUGGAAACUGAAGUAUUGCUGGAAGAACCUGGAAAGACAAAAGAUGGUGUCUCAGAAAGAUCCCAGGAAGAAAAGGACUUGGAUGAAGCUGGGCUGGCCCAUGGUAAAAUGGACAGCAAAGGAGACAACCCUGUCCACCAGGAAACACGGGAGAACCAGGAGACAACCAGUCAGUGUGAAAGCUCAUGCAAAGCAGAGGAAGAUGCUUCAUCAGCAAGCAAGUCAGUGAGCUCUGACAGUGAAGUGACACAUUUGGAUGUAGCUGCCACGGAAGAUGUCACCAAGGGCCUCUUGGCAGAGAGCACCACCAGUGCCCCUCUCCCAGUGCAGGAGCCAGAGGAGCACAUAAAGCAAGAAACAUGGGAGAUCAGAUCCCAAGGCAUAUUAAGGAAAAGACAGGGGACCAAAGGGCACACAGCCCCAAACCCAGAGUCUCAGUCCUGCCUGCAGACCGUCACCACCCAAAACAUAGACCAGGAGAAGCCCAAAAAGUCCCUCGUGCUGAAAGGUGAGGAAAAGAAGCUUCCCUUGCAUGUUACUCACCGACCAGAAGGCACUGAUCUACCAGGAACAAGGCUUGGCAUCAUGGGCCUCAUAUUGCUCGGCUUCUGCAUAUUCUGCUUUGGCAACCCAACCUCCAGUUCCCAGCAAGCCCUCAAGAACGCCACGGAGGCAUUCCUGUUCCAGUUCGACCAGCUGGAGAAAAGGUUUCCAGGGCAGAGCUCUCACCUGUGGAAUCGUGGGCGCAAGGUCCUGAAGAAGCACCUGAACUCAUCCCACCCCACACAGCCAGCCAUCAUCAUCCUGACAGCCGCCCGCGCGGGAGAGCGGACCUUGCGAUGCCUUAGCACCCAUGUGGCCAACUCCUACGCAGCUGCCCUGCGUGCCAGCACGGUGCAGAUCGAUGGCAGGAAUAAAUCUGGGCUCCACAGUGACCGGGCCAAGCGGGAGGUGGACUUGGAGCUGAGCUCAGCAUUCCAGGCUGGGGGCCGUGCCGCGGUGAUUCAUCGCUUCGAGCUGCUGCCGGCAGGGGCCACCCUCAUCUUCUACAAGUACUGUGACCACGAGAGCGCGGCAUUCAAGGACGUGGCCCUGCUGCUGACUGUGCUGCUGGAGGAGGAGGUGCUGGAGACCCACAUCAGCCUCCCACAGCUGGAAGAGAGGGUCCAUGACUUCCUCUGGGAUAAGUUCGUCACCACCAAGACCCCCAGCUCCUAUGACCACAUGGACUCUGACAAGCUGAGUGGGCUGUGGAGCCGCAUCGCCCACCUGGUCCUACCCAUCCACCCGGAGCAGAGCAUUGAGAAGGGGGGCUGCCAUGCCCACGCCAAACCCUAGGCACAAAGGCAGCCACAGCCCUGGAGAGGGUUGGAAAGAUGGCCUUGGCUGGCUCUGGUGCAGGCAGAGGCACAACCAGUGUUAUUUCUCUUCACUUUGUUUCUCGUAUCAUCCUGGGAAGAGUUUGACAGGUACAAGUUGAUCCACGUCGUUUGGGCAGCUGAUGCUUGGAGGUGAUAGAUCACACACUUCCUUCUGGCAGGUGGGAAGAGUGAGAAAUUUAGGCUGCUAGUUGCACAGGGGAACAUCAAUGUGUGGAGAGGCAGGAGGGAAAAACAGGACUUUGCAGGUAGUGUUUCUAUCAGGAAAUACACGAAUAACGUACACAACAAUGGACAGAAAGAUACUGCAAUUCAGUAGCUCUUUCAUUCAGAGAUUCCCUAAACCACAAGAUCAACCACAAGAAAUGUCAGGUUUUCAGCACUUAAGACACUGCACUAACAGAGGGCAUCCCAUAUGCCAGAGAACAAACUCCAAAACCAGAGAGCAAUGAAACAUUUUGCUGUUGCUUGGAUAGAGUGAAGCCUCAAAGGAUUACACAGCUAAAAGAAUAAGAAAUACAGUGCAACUUAAUGCUACCUCUUUUUUUAAAGAAUUCCACUCAAUCCCUUUGCCACACAAAGUUUGUGACUCUUUCCUUGGGCUGGUGCAUCAGCUUUGGUCCUACAGGACAGAUUGCUCUUCACCCAGAUCUCUGAUCUGUGUGCAGGGUGGGAGCCUCUGCCAGCCUCUCCCCAGGGGACUUUUCCUAAUGAAUGUAGAUGUUAACAUUGAUAAUUCAAACCACGUAACGUAGCACACCAAGUCCUUGCCCUCCAGAGUUACAUCUGCCUCCCUGCCAGGCGGAUGGAGCUCUGGAAUACAGUAAAGCAACUAGAAGAGCUGAUAAAGAGAAAAUCUCUACCAUUAACACUACAAAUCCUUAACAAAGCAGGUUGCUUUCUUACUGUGCCUCCUCUUCUGCAUCCUAGGAAGAGAAAUCCAAGUCCUAGAGACACUGUGGGGCAGAGCAGCCAGCUCAGGGAACACCUGGGGGAUAGGUGCUGGUUACAGCAUUUAUUAUAACCCAACAGGCAGCCCUGGUGUCAGCCCCAUGUGCCUGUGGAGAAGGAGCAGCUGUAGCAGAUCAUGGCUCAUUUCCAGAGUGCAGCACAGACUGAGGCCUUGCAGAGCUGGGUCUGUAUCUGAACGAGAACAAAUCGAGGACACAAUGGUCUUUCUCUGAAGUGCUCCUCACAGCACUGGCCUUGGAUGGGUCUCCUGCCAACAGUGCCUUGCUGAUCUGCCCCAUCAGUGGCUGGGCUGAGGCACAGCCCUGCACCCUAAAACCACAGUCUGUCUCCUUUCCCUCCCACCGCAUGCCUUGACCUGUCUCAGGAGAUUUGUGGCCAUUAACAUGGAGGAGGGGACAAAACAAAGGAAGAGGGAGAGUUAUUUGUUCGCGUUCUGACCAAAGAACAGACUUUUUGGUUGGUUGGAGACAUGAAGACGAGGCCAUGGGGGUUUUAACCGUGACAAACACUGGGCUAGAUGUGAGAGUUCCCUGCUGGAGCCCAACAUCAGCAGGGCAGCCCAGGGGAUGGUUCUGCACAACAUACAGGUUGCUUCCUCCCCUCCCUCCUUUCUACUGCUAUACACUACUAUGGUAACAGAAAACACUGUAUCCUGCUCUGCAUGGUUCAGUGUGGGUGUUGAUGUAAGAACCAGCAGAGCAUUAAUCAUGGUCUGCCGAUAUUUUGGUGGAAAUCUCUAUUUUAAUGUUAUCUCGCUCCCAGUUUCACAUACUGUGUUUGCAGUGCCUUGCCAAGGGAUGCAAAGGCAACUCCACUCUGCCUGGGCACAUCACUGCAUCACCCACCUGAGCUCUUCCAAUACAGAAAUAUUUUUAUGGCCUUUGAAAGACAGAAUAUCUUCUUGCUUCCUAAACAGGACUUCUAUUUAAAAAUAAAUGAUGAAAUUGUGAAAGAAACCAGCCAAGUGAGAUUGAAGUCUUACCUUAUUCUGUUCUUCUUUUCCUAGCUAUUUUCAUUAAGCAAAAGAGAUCGUCAUAUUGGACAAAGUUCUAUUUAGGUCAGGGCUGUAGUUGUGCAAACGAAGUGAAUAUUUGGCUUUUCCUGGAAAAACUCCAAAUAACAUUUUUCUCAGUUGUUUGGGACAAAUAUUUACAGCUUUUCCAACUAAGCCAUAAUUAAAAACAAACCCCCAAAGACUUGCUGAAUUCAACCCAGGCUGAAACACAUGGGGGGUUUGCGUAAUACUCAGUGAUAAUAAUGAAACUGAAAUCCACCAACAACUGAAAUGUUUUAGAAAUACAGAAAGCAAACAUUUCUCAUUUUAACAGAUCGAUUCCAGUUGAUGUCCCACAACCUCAGCACACACUAAGUUUUACUUUUGUGGUGAAAUACUUUGCCCAGCUCUGGCCUAAACAGAGAGAAGGCUGGGGGGAGUUGGGGAAAGCAAAAAAAAGGAGGAUUUACCCUGUUAUUCUGGAUAUUCUUCAGUCCCUGUCCAGGCCCUGACAACCUAAAUAGUCAUCAUAUUGGCAUCUGCUUUCACAUAGAUGUUUAUGUGAUCAAUUGCCAGAGGUAAACAUCACUCAUCUCUUGUCUGAUGCCAGAGGACAAGAUUUGGUCCUAGCCCAAAGAUUCAGAUGAAAAUCUGGUGUCACCACUGGAUGCCACCAGUGCUGGUCCUGCGGUCCCUUCAGGGGGGGGAAUAGGACCCCCAGCAAGGUUUCCACCACGCCCUGUGCUCCAGCACGGCUUCCCUGGGGCACAGGCACAGCAGCUGCAGAGCCCCUGGCAGGGGAGAUCAGCAGGUGACACAGAGAUGUCACAGCCAAGAGCAGAUAAACCCACAGCAGCUCCGGAGGAACUAUAGUUCCUCCUUCCCGUCAGUUCUCUGAUGGCUGUGACAGGUCAGCACAAGGCCAGGAUGGAGUAGGACACGGUCCAGCUUUGCAGCCUCACAGGUAAUUAUUCCUCCCAGGCACCAAUCCAUCACCCCACAGCUCAUAACCUCUCUGCAUCUACCUCUGCUCACACACACACCUCACCCUAGCAGAGCAAGGCCAUGGGUUGGGCUGGGGUUUCUCAGCUGCCUGCUUUUAUGUCAAUGCUAAAACAAAAUUCCUUCUCACGUCCUUAUGUACCAAAAAAGAGAAAUUAAAAAAAAUUCUUUUUCUUUUUA